AUGCGGCCAAAUGAACCAUACAGCACAGUCGAUCGCCUGGACCGGCCCAGCGCAUACUACAACAAGAACAAACGCCGCCGCGACCACCGUGACGACGACGCCAAUGGCGACGCCCCAGCCGAGCCGACCGUCGACCCCCUCGCCAACGCCACCACCCUCUACGUGGGCAACCUGUCGUUCUACACCACGGAGGAGCAGGUCUACGAGCUCUUCUCCAAGGUGGGCGAGAUCAAGCGCCUGAUCAUGGGCCUCGACCGCUUCGCCAAGACGCCCUGCGGCUUCUGCUUCGUCGAGUACUACACCCACCAGGACGCCCUCGACUGCAUGAAGUACAUUGGCGGCACCAAGCUGGACGAGCGCAUCAUCCGGACCGACCUGGAUCCCGGGUUCGAGGAGGGCAGGCAGUACGGCCGCGGCAAGUCUGGCGGCCAGGUGCGUGACGAGUACCGCGAGGACUUUGACGAGGGGCGCGGUGGCGUGGGUAGGGCGAUUGGCAGCGAGUACGAUGAUGAGCCCAGACGCUAA